AUGGCGACGCAAGAGAGGAAGUACCCGCUCGGGAAGAUUGAGCCCAAUACGCUCAAGUACUUUGGUGCUUGUACAAUGGGAGGAAUUAUAGUCGAUCCAAAAAUCUACACUUCAAAUAUCUCCGCAUGGCGCUCAAUCAUUUCCAAGGAAGGCGUGCGCGGGAUCUUCUUCGGUUGGUCGCCUACAUUUAUCGGAUACUCAUUCCAGGGAGCCGGUAAAUAUGGCUUUUACGAGUAUUUUAAGUACUUGUAUGGCGAGCGCAUGUUCCCCAACACAAACCGCACGGUUAUGCAUCUGGCGGCAAGUGCCUCAGCCGAGUUUAUUGCCGAUAUUGCACUCUGCCCGUUCGAAGCGAUCAAAGUGCGCAUGCAGACAACAUUGCCGCCGUACGCCCAUAGUCUGCGCGAGGGGUGGAGUAAGAUCAUUGCGCAAGAGGGCGUCUCCGGCUUUUAUAAGGGGUUAUACCCGCUCUGGGCGAGGCAGAUUCCAUAUACAAUGACCAAAUUCGCGACAUUCGAGGAGACGGUCAGCAUGAUCUAUAAGACGCUGGGAGGCCCCAAGGAAAGCUACAACAGCCUUCAGCAGACGGGGAUUAGCUUUGCAGGAGGAUAUAUUGCGGGCAUCUUUUGUGCGAUUGUCAGCCAUCCUGCCGAUGUAUUGGUGUCCAAGUUGAAUGCCGAUCGAAAAGCGGGUGAAUCAGCAAUGAAGGCUGUCUCCCGCAUCUAUGGGAACAUUGGGUUCUCGGGCCUGUGGAAUGGCCUUCCAGUAAGAAUUUUAAUGCUUGGAACCCUAACUGGUUUCCAAUGGUUGAUUUAUGACUCGUUCAAGGUGUUCCUCGGCCUUCCGACGACAGGCCACUAAUGUCGGUAAUGCAUAGAUAGACCAUAGAAUAAUUUCUGAUGAUAUUUAUUCGA